GAGGCGACUGCGGCGCGGCCGCCCCCGGUGCCGCCGCCUCCGGCUGCUGUGCAAGAAGCGCCCGGGUCCGGCCAACCCCCCGAGCGCGGAGCUGUCCGGCCGGUGGCCCAGAUCCGUUUCCUGGGCACUUCCUCGUGCGGGCAGAGUUUUCUGAACUCUGUUUCACCGUGACUUUUUUUUUUUUUUUUUUUUUAAAUCACAGUAGGUCCCAGAGUUUCUCAGUUGGGACCCUACCUUAUGGGAGCCUGGCCGCCGUGUCCAGCAUCUUUAGGGCCUCAUGCUCCCUGACUGAUACCCCGAACGUGUAUCCUGACUAACGUUACACAGUGACUUUAGCUCUUCAGUGAGCUGUCGAAGUGGUUGGUUCUGGCAAUUGCCAUGGUACGUUUUUAUAUGGAAAAAGGAACACACAGAGGUUUAUAUAAAAGUAUCCAGAAGACACUUAAGUUUUUCCAGACUUUUGCCUUGCUUGAGAUAGUCCACUGUUUAAUUGGAAUCGUACCUACUUCUGUGCUUGUGACUGGGGUCCAAGUGAGUUCAAGAAUCUUCAUGGUGUGGCUCAUUACUCACAGUAUAAAACCGAUCCAGAAUGAGGAGAGUGUGGUGCUUUUUCUGGUCUCGUGGACUGUGACAGAGAUCACUCGCUAUUCCUUCUACACAUUCAGUCUUCUCGACCACUUGCCAUACUUCAUUAAAUGGGCCAGAUAUAAUUUUUUUAUCAUCUUAUAUCCUGUUGGAGUUGCUGGUGAACUUCUUACAAUAUAUGCUGCCUUGCCGUAUGUGAAGAAAUCGGGGAUGUUUUCAAUACGACUUCCUAACAAAUACAAUGUCUCUUUUGACUACUACUACUUUCUUCUUAUAACCAUGGCUUCAUAUAUACCACUGUUUCCACAACUCUACUUUCAUAUGUUACGACAAAGAAGAAAGGUGCUUCAUGGAGAGGUGAUUGUAGAAAAGGAUGAUUAAAGAUCCCUACAAACAAGGUGCUUUUUCCAGAAUAACCAGGAUUACUUGAGUCCAAGUUUCCAUAACAAGAAUAAACAACUUCAUGAAAUAUCGUGGAUUGUAUUGUUUCUUAAAAUAUAACUUGAGACACAUGGUGUUUGCUGAUAUUUGUCUUCAUACUGUGCCAGGUUUAUUUUUUUACAAGAACUAUGCAAAAACUAUCAGCUCCUAGGUGGGUGUUGAUGAGUAAUUGAGAGAGUUACCUGGGGAAAAAACUUGUUCCUUUUACUAGAUUUUUGUGCAACGCAGGUUCAAAGCUUUUGGAAUCAAUAUUUAGAAAUUAGUUUAGUGAUUUAACAUUAGGACACCUGCCAGUGAUAUUUAUGUGGUAUUUAGAAAUGAAAGUAAGUAUAAAAUUAUAAUCAUUGAUUAAUGUAUUGGUAUUUUUCAGCUCACAAUCUUAUUUUUUCAGGUUAUAAGGCAGCAUUUAUGAUUAAUAACGAUCUUGGAAAUUGGAACAUAAUUUGUUACAGACUUCCGAUGUAAAGUAGCACCAAAAAUAUUCAAGUAGCUGUCACAUUCGGAAAAUAUUUUUUGAAAAUAUUUUCAGGCCAUUGGAAUUCUUUAAUACCAUUAAGUGUAUUUAUUUUUUUUGAAUUAACCAUUUCAGGACAUUUCUAACUACAAAGAUUUUUAAGAGGUUAGAAAAAAAUACAAGUGUAUAUACUUUGCCCCACUGAGAAAAAAGAAUAAUAAAAUGACAUCAAAUCAUUAUGUUGUGCUUAGAACUCUGAUGGAGAAAGGCUGCUGUAUACUGUGGAAUUAUAAAGAUCAUGUUACAAAUAAUCCUUUGUGGUUCUUAGGAAUCUGGAAGUUUUAGGGUAAGAUCUGAAACAGACUUAUUUUAUUCUGAAUUCCAUUGAGUAGCAAAAAAGUCUUAUAAUAAAGCUCCUAUCCUCAUCUUUAAUAAAAAGUUACACUGAUGAUACCUUAAUCCUGCUUUAAUUCCUAAGUAGGUCCUUUAAAAAUGUUCCCUCCUCUAUCAAAGUAUGCUGAUGUAUUGACCCUUGUUUAGAGAGAGUAUUAAAUAUGUGGCUUUUAAAAGAACAGGAAUUUUUUUGCCCACCAUAUAGAUACCUAGGUGUAGUUCUGGCUUUAACUGUUCUGUAUUGUUUACAUUUACAAUUAACAUGUAACAUUACACUUCUUAAAAUUGCUUGAGUUCUGCAUUAUCAUUUCCUUUACUGAUUUUUCUCAUGUAGAGAUUUGUAGUGCAAAAUAUUUUUAUGCAAAACUUUCAUUUUAAAUGACUUGGUUUUUUAAAGGUGCUAUUUAUUUUGUUAUAUUUAAUGUUUUCAGCUAACUUUUAAUGAGCAAUAUGUAUUAGAUUACUAAUUCUCAAAGUGCUAAUGUUCAUUCUGCUCUUAUAUCAUCACUUGAUCAUUUCAUCUUGAAUUUUUAUAUGGAAGAGAUUUUCAGGCAGGUUGGUGAUAUAGUAUAAUAAAUUGACAUACUUAUUUUUAUUAAAUGCCUGUCUGGCAAGAACUGUUUUAAAUAAUAUUUCUAAAAUUUGCAUUAAUUCAUCUUGUACUCCCUUCAAACAGCGAUAAUACUGUUUUCCUCUUCAAAUUGUGGAAUGUCUUAAAAGUAGGAAUUGUCAUUAACUUUAAUAAAAAUGAAAACAUUAAA